AUGUAAGCACAAUAUUUCAUCUCAUUAUGUAACUGUAGUCAUUCAUCAUUUGCAUACGGAGGUCACGAUUUCUCAAUCAUUCAAGAAGAGUCCCUAUCAUACGUUGCUGGUAAUGCUGUAUUGAUUUGGAAUAGUGGGACUGGUAAAAAGGACUACAUAUGGUCUAAGAGAUCCGGGUAUUGCGUCUCAACUUCCAACUAUAACAGAAACUUGAUAGCAGCUGCUGAAUAUGGACUUAAUCCAGAAGUACACAUCUACAAGUACCCUGGAAAAGAUCUUAUUCACAAGUUCAAAGCCGAUACUACAAUCAGAUUGAUUGAUAUGGCCUUUUCAAGAGAUGGGCGCUAUUUAAUAAUGAUAGGUGGCGUUCCCGACUUCAAAAUCUCUAUCUAUGAUCUUGACAAUAACAAAAGGUUAAAUCUUAGUGGAAUCUCAUCAGGCACUACAUAAACUGAGUGCAAGAUUCCUUGCAAACCAGCAGAUUACAAGAAAGUCAAGUUUAACCCUCAAAAUUCAAAAGAAUUUGCCAUAUUGUCUACUCAAACAGUCUACUUCUUUAAAGUACAUCAAGGCUACGAGAUAACAGAACAACAUGAUUAAAAGUUCUUGGGUGAAUCAGAGAGGCUCUCUUAUAUUGAAUACAAGAAUGAAAACCCAGAGCUUCAAUUCUCAAGCUUUAUCUGGGACCAAUACAAGAGAGUUCAUAUUUGCUGUGAUCUUCCAAUGCUCCUUCAAGUUGAUUCACAAACUGGAAACCAAGAAAACAGUCUUGCUCUAAAUGCUAGAGCUCUAACUUGUCUUUUAACAUAAAGACAUAUGAUUAUUUCAACUGAGGACUGUAUGAUUUCAUGGUAUAGAAUAGCUCUGCCUGAAAUAGUAAUUGGUAAUGAUGCUAAUAGCGAUUAAAAACUAACUGUUUCAGAGGAUAUUGAUUAGGAGUACAAAUUUGAAAGCAAUUCAGCCAACAUACAAGCUCAAAAUCAACAAUCAUAAUCAGCUUUGGAAUCAGGAAACGGUAUGACUAAUGCAUCUAUCCAACCAGAGCCAGUUGCAUUCAUGCAUUACACAAGAUCAUUCAAAAAGCUUAUCAUGGGAACAUAAUAGGGUUUAAUUGGUAUCCUAUCAGUAGAAGCUGAAGCAAUAAAUGAGGACGAAGAGGAUGAAGAAAAUCAAAACGAAAAGGAGACCAAAGUUAUUGUCACUCCAUUUGUUGAACUUGGUAGAUUCCAUACCCAGAAAGUUAAUGGUAUCAAAGAGCUAGGUGAAACAACACAAUUAGUAACAAUCAGUGAUGAUAACAGUCUAGCUAUUUGGGAAGCAACACAAUUUACUCAGAUAUCUAGAAUUAGCACUUUCUCCAAGCCAGUUGCUCUGGAUGUGUCUAAGGAUGGUAAAGCUGCAUUUGUAGGCUCUGAGAAAGGCAUAUUUAGAGUUUAUGAUGUUAGCAACAGAGCUCUUCCAAGACUGAUCAAAAUUUACAAAUUCUUCGACCAAAACAUUCCUAUCAACUCAAUUAAGUCCUCUCCUUGUGGUAAAUAUGUUAUCGUUUCAAGCUAAGAGAAUGACAGUAUCUUUGUUCUUUCAUAAUUAGCUGAACAUGAAUUUGAUGUCUAUGGCCAUUAUCAUAUGGAAGGUUAUAUAACAAAUACUUGUUUCACAGUUCAAGAUGGGCAAACUAAAAUCUUAGCAUUACUCUCAAAUGCUCUCUUAGUCGGUUUAACAUUACCUGAAAAAUUCUCAGAUAGAAAUAAGAUGGAUCCUAUUUCUGAGGCUGUUGCUAAACCAGUUUACAGAAGAGUUGACAAGGGAAUGCAUUAUGUAAUGUCAAAUAUCUACAAUGGAGACAUAUUUGUAACAGGAGAAGAUAGGUACUUGAAGAAGUAUGAAUACCCAACUGAGCCAUUCAAUAAGAUAGACUUUAAGAAGGCUCCAAAUGCCCCACUUGAUGAAUUAAAGUCGCAUGAUAUUGGAACAACAAGCUGUGAUUUUUCGAAUGAAGUUAAAUUCAUGGUUACAGGUGGUAAGGACGGUAAUAUUAUUGUAAGAAACAUGAAUCACGUGGCAUAAAACAAUAAUGAAAUUCAAGGUUCAGAAAUCAAGGGUCAUGCAGUUUUUGCUCAAGGUAUUACUGCACUCACAUUUUCAAAAGUAAGAUCCACACUUUACACUGCUGGUGGUGAUGGUGCAUUCUUUGCUUGGACUCUUGGUGGUAAACCCAACCCUAACUAGCCAGUUCAAAACCAAAAGGGAGAUUUAGAGCCAAUCGAUAAGAUUGAUUAGAUUGACGAUCUCCGUGAGUUUGAAAUCAGGCCUUAUAAGGACAUUCUUCAGGACUUAUUCCACAAGUAGCAGGCAUCAAAGAAAGAGAGAUUCAGAGAAGAAAUUAUGUCAGAACUAGAAGUUAUCAAGCAAAAAUUGAACGAGCUCUUAGACGAAAAUGAAAGAGUGACUGACAUUGAAAAACUAGAGAGAGACGAGUUUGUCAUUGAUGUUGAAAAGAGAGAUAAAGUCAAUGAUGAAGGAGAAAAGGUCUGCGAAGAUAUCAGAAAGGAAGCUGAAAAGACUGUUUUAAGUUAUGAACUUUUGAAAGAAAGAGUCCAGCAAACUACUUGGGAUAAAAUGGAUGGCCAAAAUAAAGGAAUCAAGAGUAUCAAAGGCGAUAUGCUUGUAUUCAACUAUGGAAUAAGAAAGAGAAAUCCUGAAGAAAUAAGGAGACUCACCUAGAUUAUUAACUUCAGAAGAAAUGAGCUGAGAGAGAAACUUCAAAGAAUUGAGGCUAAACUUUAAGAAGUGUUGGAUGAAUCAGAUUUUGCAAAAGUAAAAGAAGGAUAUGUAAUGAAUAGACUUGCUGGAAAGCCCUUGUAUGAGGAUGAUCAGUCUAUUCAAGAGGCCGCAGCCACAUUUGCAGCAAAGGAUGCAGAGAAGAAAUCUAAGAAAGCCCAAGAGGAAAAGAAACUCUAACAAGCUGGUUAGCAGUAAUAGCAAACAGGAAAAAGAGUACCUACUAUAAAAAUUACUAAGGGCAAAUUAGGACAAAAGACCAAAAAGAAGGAUCCUGAAGAAGAGCUCAGAAAUGCAUAAAAAGACAAAAUGCAGCAAAGAGAAAUCAGAGGAAUGGAGGAGAUCUAUUGGUCAGUUAAAUACACACUUAGUGCUCUUGAAGAGAUCAAGAAGAAAUUAGAUCACCCUAAUAUUUGGGAUAUCGUCUAUGAUGCUUUCGAGCUCUAUACUGACCCAAGAAAGAGAAUGCAAAUUGAACUUCUUAGAGAAGUCAUCUUCGAGUUGAAGAGAGACUAUAACAAGGAGUUUGAAUCCCUUGAAAAAUUCAAAGAAGACUCUUUGUUCACAAUUAAAGAAAAGAAUGAAAUGAUCAAGGAGCUACUUAACAACCUUAAGUAAGAGGAAGAGAUAUUCGAGCCUUUAUCUCAUAUUUUGGAAAACCCUGACAGCAUUUUUGAGGUAAAGGAAGAUGACAUUCAGGUAGAAAAGUUCUUAACAAAAGAGGAGAGAGCUAAGUUAGAUGAAGAGAGAAGAAAGCAGGAGGAGCGUGAAAGAGCACUCUAAGGAGAUAACGUUGGUCAAAGAGGUCUAAAAUCUAUGAUGGGAGGUACUGAACUCAACCUCAAGAAAGAUUAAAACAUGAUUCAAACUGAGCUCGUAAGAGAAGAUUGGAUGAACAAGCCUUACGAUGAUAUGAAUGAAGAAGAGAAGCUCAAGCUUAAGGAAUUUGAGUUGAAGGAAAAGGAAUUCAAGGAAAAGUAAAGAAAAGCUUGGGAACAAGAUCUUAAAAAGAUAAAGGGAGAAAUCAUUGAAAUCUAACUAAGAUUUGAGGAGAGAAUUCUGUUGUUAUUCAAGAAGAAGCUAUUCUUCGAUGUGAGAAUCAUGGAGCAAGAACUCUAUAUAAUUAGAUUAACGAUCAUGCUUCAUGACGCAAAAGAGACUGCUGUGGAUCAGAGCAAGUACUUAGAUGAGAGAGAUAAACUUGAGAGAGAUUUGAAGGAUAAGGAAGAAAUGAUCUCUACAUUCUACAAUUUCUAGCAAGAUUUAGAAAACUAGCAAAAGAACAACUCAACUAUCCCAGAGCAAGAAAAGGAGCUUAAGAGAAUGUUCCCAGACGUCAACAUUAAACAAAUUCUGAACUUUGUAAGAUAAGGUAGAUCAAAGAAACCAGGCGCUGUAUAAGGUGAGCCAAGUGCUAAAGAACAAGAGCUGAUGUCAAAGGUUGUUGAAUUAGAUCCUUUUGCUACAAUUGAUAAGGAAAAAAUAAAGCAAUAGCUUAAAGAGGAGGAGGAAAAAGAAACAUAUGUGUUUGAAAAAGAUAGUGUAGCAGGCCUAGGUGAGGAAGACUUCGACAAAUUAGUUCAAGAGAGAUACAAUCGUAUUGAAAUGGAGAAAGAUAGACAAAAAAUGGCUAAUUAGAUUCAAUAACUUAAAGAUCAUGUUGGUUUCUUAGAGCAUCUCAGAAAUGAUAAUAAUGAAAAUUAUCAACACAGUUUUGCAGCUCAUAAGAAAGCUUCUGACAGAGUUGAAAAGUUAAAGUAUAACUUUGAAAUAGUUGUUUACCUUAAGCAAGGCCAGGUAGAAGUGCCUUAACUUCCAGUAGCUACAGACUACAAAGAUGCUAUCCUCAUUAAGAGAGAGGUCAUCGAGGACGAAAAUAAGGAAAUUGUGAAGAGAGGAGACGCAAAGGUGAAGAUGAUGAAUUCUAUCAGUGAGUUCAAAACUGGACUCAAGAGAGUUAGAUAUUAAAAGAAAAAGCUAGAUAUGGAGAUACUUGACUUUGAAGAACGUGCUAAGGAUGUUUAACUUUAUAGAGUGACUAAGCAAACUUAGGAAAUUAUCCAAGGAAAACAUCAAAAGAAGGAUGAAGAAGAUAAGAAAAGACUUGAGAACUAGAUUAGAUAAUUAGAUGAAAAUGCCUAAAAGCGUAUCAAGACCAUUAAUGAGACAAAGAAGAAACUUAAAAAAGAAAUUUCAGAUAAGCUCAAGGAAAAUGAGCAGCUUGAGACCAAAGCUCGUCAGUUACAGCAGAAUGUCGACUAAAGAAAGCAAAUUAUGGGAUUAAAAUCUAAGACAAGCACAGAUGGCGUUGCUGAUCCAACUAAGAAGAUCAAAGAGAUAGCUCAUAAGAGAAAGCUUAUGGAUAUAGUCAAAUAGCAAACUGAAGAAAUUGAGUACUUAAGGGAUGAACUCGAUAGACUCAGAGCUAGGACUUUCCCAUCUUUCGCUCAUCUUCAUAACAAACCUGAUUUCCCUGACGAGGCAUGA